UCCUCGUGUUCUACUUCCUAUUACAUACAACUGAUAUGAAUAUCACACUAAUGUGACACUUGCAGCCCUCCGUCAUCCACCAUGUCGGUUCUGCUUCACAGUGCCAUGCUCCUAUUCUUCUUGAUAGCACUAGGACGUUGGCAUACAACGGGAGCAGUUUCCGCUAGCACCGGUGCAACACGUGUACUAUGCCCUGGUCAGUUUGGACCGAGCUGUUCCCUGACCUGUGGUCAUUGCAUAGAUGGCGAGCCCUGCCACCAGGACACCGGCGUCUGUUUGAGGGGUUGUCAGGACGGCUUCACUGGUCACAGCUGUAAAGAGACACUGGACUCUACCAGCCCAUUCCAAGCGGGACUUGCUGGGGGUGUUGUCAUGCUGGUGGUCGCUUUGGUCAUCGCGGCGAUCGUCAUUGGUGCCCACUAUCUGUGGAAGAAGCGACAAAGGAACAUCGAACACGGGAACCUUGAAUCAGGAUCACUUCCGUCUAAGGAGCAAGUGGCACCGCGGAUCUUGUCGCUGUACAGGAAAGGUAGCAACAACAGGAACACGUAUGUUGACGAGGAGGUGACAAAAGGAACACGAGGACAAAAAAAGACCGAGGCGAAGAGAGAAUCAGCCAUGUCGUCAACCCAGCCUAAGACUAUCUCCCUCGCAGAUCAACCUGGAACCACCAACGAGGACGAUAGAGAUGCAGCUAAAGUUUCAAGACAGGAAAAAGCUGCCCCAGACGUGGGCGAUAUGUAUGAAGUCCCUGUCACGCCAGACUACCUCAACAUUGACUUGAACAUGCACCACGCCGAGGAGGGGAGCAAGGAUGAAGAGUACCCGACUCAGGACACUGAUUACGACGUACCUCCUCCUCCUCUGCCUACUGACCCCAACUACCUCCCUAUGGGCCACACAGAAGAUGACGCUGGCUCCAUGAGUGAUGAUUCUUCCUAUGAGAUACCUGUUGUUUCUUCAUAGAUUGGGGGCGAUAUGAGAAACAUGACAACAGAGACACUGUAAUUCCUGUAUGGAACUUUUGCUGUGGCCGAUUGCACAUCUGAGCAAUGGAUAAUAAUUUAAUGUCGUCUCUGCAAUAGUUUAGUCAUAUAGCGACUACAGAAAUGUACUAUAUCAUUCCACAAUACGUCAAAGGACAGUAAUAUUACUGUUAGGAUUUUCAAUUUGAAUAUUAUCCCUGGUUUAAAUAGGAUAGAUCACUCGGGCCAUCUCGUUAUGUCGCUGAAAUGGUACUUGGACUUCAGCUUAUUAUUUUAACAAUAUUAAACACCGAGUCAAAACUUGUACGGCAAAUAUGAAAAACAUGUGUUUUUGUCAUAUCAGUAGCGAAAGUAAUCAUCAUCAAAAGGCAGGAUGAAAAUAGUUCUCUGUUUUCGGGCGAUUGUCAUUGUUUUCGAGUACAUAAGUAAUGUAUUACAUGAGAAAUUAAACUUACCGCAGCCUAUGUAGUGGUUUACGUGCAGCCAAUGUGUGUGAAUCAGGAGAUAAUGUACUAAGAUAGUUUCUUGUAGACAGAAUAUCAAAGUCGGUGCAGUAAGCGUCUGUAUGUGCCCUGCAUGUGCGUAGAGAGUUUCACAUCCUCAGAAUGGUUACAGUCGGUGCAUUAUGUGUCUGUAUGUGCCCUGCAUGUGCUCAGAGAGUUUCACAUCCACUGAAUGUCACAGUCGGUACAAUAUGUGUGUAUGUGCCCCUGCAUGUGCUCAGAGAGUUUCACAUCCACUGAAUGUCACAGUCUGUACAAUAUGUGUGUAUGUGACCUGCAUGUGCUCAGAGAAUUUCACAUCCACUAUGUGUCUGUCUGUGCCUUGCAUGUGCUUAGAGUACGUCCAUGAUCCCUGUUCUUGUUUUAAGUACGUACUUAACCCAGUGAAUCCUAACACAUUUUGUGUACUAAUCACGAUAGUUUGUUUCCAGUCGAGUAAAAAGCAGAACGUUAUGUGUUGAAGUCUCGCUUACGUUUUCCCCAACAAUAUAAAUAUAAUCCUACAAUAAGAUGUAUUUCUGAUAUAAGUUGUUUGACGUUUGAGUUUAACUGAAGGUACGUUCAAUUUUUUUUAUGGGUAAAUCCUCCAAUAAGAAGUGUACGCUUUUGAUCAUGUUUGACUCUUUAUCUGCAUGACCGACGCGCGAUAGCCGUAUGUAAACUACUAUUUAUUAACAUCGCAGCUUUAACUUUCGUUGUUUGCACAAUACAUAUUCUGAACUUACGUGUGUUCCAAAUACAAGAUUGUGAGAGAGAGAGUUCUCGCUUGCCUACGUGUUUAGAAAGCCAUGUUAUAUUAUUUAUAGUUCGCGCACAGCAUGUACAGUUUUACAUCCUUCUUUUCUGCCUCUCUUGUGCGUUCUGUAAGGUGCGGCCCUUAAUCGCGCCAGAAUCCUUUGAUAUUAGGUUCGAAAUAUAGAUUCAUUAUUCAAUGAAAAUGUAUUGAAAGCGGUGUUAAACACAUCUCAGAUAAGUGAAUGCAUGUUUUAUGAGUGUACAGUGCGUGGAUGUUGUGCGUGGAAAAUUUUGAAAGGUUGGAUUUAGGAAAAGGACAUAGUCCGGGAGUUGAGCGAAUGAAUACGCCGGGCGUGUUCAAUAAGCUGAGCACACUCUCGUCACAAUGUAUAGAAACAUAUUUGUAAAUGAGCCCGCUUUAAAUGUUUACACCAUUUUGUAUUUUUAAGCUCAAUUGUGUGAAUGUUGAAUAUAUAUAUAUGAUAUAUAUAAUUGCCAGCAGCCUAGUGUCAUAUAUUUCCCAUAAAUAUUACCGGUUACCUUAUUUUCCUGACAUGUUUUAUGUAUGUCAUUUUAGAGUUCGUAUUAUAAAUCAUUUUUAUUUGUUCAUGUUGAAAGUUUGCACACACGGCUAUGAAUAUCGAGACAAUAUUUACCCGUUGAACGUUUUUAUUGAAUUUUGGGCUAACCUACUGAUUUAGCUUUGCAGCAUUUAAAAUGUAGACUGGAGCUUAAGUGCAUAUUAAAACAACAUUAAUCCUCACUCGUUUUCUGACACUUAUUCCUAUGAGACUGUAUUUUGUAUUUCUAAUUUACACCAUCUAAUACAUGCGAUGCGCAUUUCUUGUGUAUUCAUAUUGUUUGCUUCUUCUUUUAAAUGUUAACAGGACUGUUGCAAUUGUGAGAUCAUGUUGUGUAUUUAUUUGGUCAAGCAUCAUGCAGCAAUAAGCAAAUGAAUUACUGGCGACAUCAGUGACAUUUAUUGCUCGUUCACAGGUAUGAGAUACCACACACAGCUGUUGACCU